GAAGAAUGAACUGGCGAGAGAUGGAUUUCGUCUGAUCGGGGAAGAGCUGAGCGCUGGAAGGGUGCCGGGCCGCGGCCCGCUAUGGUUUCCUUUUCUGUGUGCCGAUGGGAGCAAUUGUACUUGGGAUCCACCACAGGUGUACGUACCUGUCUCUAUUUUCUCUUCUUAAUGUUUUUAGGUGUUGGACUCCUCUUGGAAACGGCUUGGAAUCGAUCGCCACGUUACGAUUUCACAAGUGCGUAAUCAAAUCCCACGCCCAACUGUCGAUCCUCUCCGCCGCAUCCACACGAGGGGAAAUUCGCUAGCUCUCGCGCACGCAGGCCAUGGCGCCGGCCUUCUCGUCGACAUCUGGGUUGUCGUCGGCUCUCACGGUCAGGGUCGCCGCCGUGCGCGUUGCCUACUCUCCCCCGCGCGCCGCGCUCAGGGCACGCCUCCCCGCCGCGCCGCCAUCGGCACCCCCCCUGAUGAGCAUAGCCCGAUGUUCCCUUAAUCCAGGCAUACAGACACGUGCUAAUUAACUCUGUGCGUGUGCUGUGCUUUCCGUUCGCAGCGCUGCGCCCGUUACGACGGCGAGUUCGUCGUAGCCGCCCGCAAACUAGUGGACGGCCCGGCGCCGGCGACCGCGGCGCUCAAGGCCAUGAUCGCCGGCCUGUUCCGGCCCCUCUUUGACAACUUCCAUCAGCUCCGCUCCCUCAAGACCGUCUUCGACACCGAAGACUACCACAUCGGGAUGCCCUUCGGUGCGCUUCUAGCGUGCAUCGCAUGCCACAAGCUGUGGAAGAUGGACCCGUCGACCUUUCUUGACGCUGCCCUCGGCUACGCCUUCUACAGGCUCAGCGUCCUGUCGUCGCAGGUCCGGAGGCAGGGAUUCUCCAAUGACUUCAUCAGCCGGAUCAAAUUCAUAAUUGUCCUCAUAAUGGCUUUCAAGGAUAUCGAUAAAAAGAUCGUCACCCUGGAUUGCAUCAGGGCUCCAGUUUGGUUCCUUUACCUCACAACGUUCGUCUUUGAUGUGAAGGGUUUGAAGAAACACGCGAGAAGUAUAUUCUAUCAAAAAUAUAUGAGCAGCUUCAAACCAAGGAAGGCAGACUCUGUGUACGAUUGGUCGUACAGUUCAAUCGUAGAAAGGAGCCACUCUGGUUUUCUUAACUCCUUCUUUAUUUGAAUCGUAGAAUAUGUUAUCGAGAUGGGUUGUGAGUUCUACAACUUGAUCUUAGUCUCGUCUUGAUCGUCAUCAGUUUAUGAAAAUAUCACUAGUCUUGUUAGUCUAUCCUGAAAAUUAUUGACAUUUUCAGUUAACAAUUUCUCAUUCCAUUUCCAGUCUUGCGUUUAGUCAUCCAGUCAUCGGUUCAGUUUUCUCUUGGACAUUCCAUCCUUGUUUUCUCGCCUCCUGAAAUGUAGGGAAAUUCUGUGGGAAUUGUAUCGUUUGGAGUUCCUGCAUUCCAAACCUGAAUUGCUUUGCUUUUCUUCUGCCAUGUGGGACCCUGCAUGCCUUUUAUUAUAGCAAAUACUUCUCUCGUGUUGUUGCUAGUUGAAAUCGCUCUCUAUGCGAGCUUUGAAAUAUAAAGUGAAUAAUGAGAUAGAAAUGUCACUUGCCGUGGACGCUAAUGCUCUUUUUUUGCAAGUUGUGUUUUGCUGCUCUUUUCAGGAUACUUGAAAGAAAUGAGGGCUCGAUGUGAAGACCACCAUUUUGUUUGCACAUGGCAUCUGCCUACGAGGCCCAGAAAAUGUAAAUGCACAACUGAAAUGAAAUGAAAGAGAGUUAAAACUUGGCUGAAA